AUGUCCUCCUCGGUGCCAAAGAAGGCGCGUAUCGCUACCCCCUCGAACGGUGGGUAUGGCGUUACUGUUGCCUCAUCUGCCGCCAAUGAUGGAAAGCAGGAGAAGCUCAGCCUCCUGCGCGCGGCAAUGCAGGCGCGGGGAGUCUCGGCCUAUCUUGUAGAGACGCAGGAUGCUCACCAGAGUGAGUACGUCGCCGACCACGACAAGCGGAGGGAGUGGCUCACGGGGUUCACGGGCUCUGCGGGAACAGCGCUCGUAACACACACGAAGGCGCUCAUGUGGACUGAUGGUCGGUACUUCUUGCAGGCGAGCCAACAGCUGAGCGCAGACUGGAUGCUCAUGCGCCUCGGCGAGAAAGACGUUCCCACCUUGGAGCAGUGGUUGGAGCAGGAGGCUGCCACUGUUCGCGAUGCCCGGGUGUCCGCCGCCGCCGCUACCACCACCGCUGCGGCGGAGGAGAAAGAGAAGGAGGAAGAUCCUGCGGUGCCGGGAAGCGAGGCUACUGCCGUUUCUGUUGCCGUCGCUCCUGCUGCUGCAGACGGUGCCGGGGGCGAGAAGGGCGGGGUGGGGGUGGGCGGCUUUCGAGUUGGAGUCGAUCCGUGGUUGCUGUCGGCGGGGACGGCGAGGACUCUGACCUCGAAGCUUGCGGCGAGCGGAGGGUGUCUGGUGCCGAUCAGUGGGUACGAGACGCAACGAUAG